AUGUCCCACUUAGUGGGACUUCUGCUCUUGUUGAGCCGCGGUUCGGCUCUCCUUGAAAUUCCGGAAUCAAAAAAUACACUACUGAUCCAGGCAACGUCGGAAAUUUUGAAAAACUGUUUCACCUUGGACGUCAAAACGAUCCGGUUUUCGUUGUUUCUAACCAAACGAUGGAACUCUCUGAUUUCGAGGGUGUUGGAUAGUCUCGAUGAACCGGUCCCAGUGAUUAUAGAUCGAUCACACGUACCGCAACUAACGAGCAAUCUGAAAAUCUACUACAAUGUAGUUUUGAUUGAUUCCGAUCAGUCGUUUGUUGAUUUCGAAAGGGCUUUACCUUCGUAUCAGUACGAAACGGUUGGCUUCUAUAUGAUUGUUUGGCUGCAGCAGAACUCUUCGACGAUACCUACGAAGCUUCUUUCUUCAAUGGCUAAUCUUUUGCUGUUUAAGACAAUUGUUCUGCACAAUACGGAAGAGGAAAUUGAGCUAUACACGUAUUUUCCAUACGGAGUUAAUGCAUCCAGUUCUGAUCGAGUGUCGCAUUGGAAUUCAUACAGCGAAAAUGGAUUCAAGUUAUCCAGGCCGAACUUCCCGUUGAAAUUGACGAACUUCUAUGCAGCUCCUCUUCGCGUUGCUGUAUUCGACAUCGACCCCUUCAUGAUGGUCAAAUGUGAUCAGAAGGGCAUUCCCAUAGAUUACAAAGGCAUCGACGGUCAUCUUCUGAAAGCUCUUUCGGAGGAGCUGAACUUUACCAUCCAACCAAUAAUGCCUUUGCCUACCAUCAGAUGGGGUGUAUUGCACGAAAAUGGAUCCGCAACUGGAGCUACCGCAAUGGUCCUCAACGGAACCGUAAACUUAACUCUCGGUUUCUUCGGAAACAACUUCAUACGAUCCCGAUUUCUAUCGAGCACCAGUGAUCACUACCAAACAUCCCUGGUGAUGAUCAUCUCUCCGGGUCUCGAAUACGGUGACUUCGAAAAACUGCUGCUCCCGUUUCAACCUUCACUGUGGAUCACUUUCACGCUUGUCUGUGUGACCGGACUGUUCAUCAUGGCCGUUCUCGAAGUAUUCCCUACUUCAGCACAAACCAUCGUCUACGGAACUCCCAAUCACGCCCCGUUACUCAACUUUUUUCAAUCGGGCCUUGGCUACGCAAUCCUAGCCAUUCCGCAGCAGAACUUCCCUCGACUGCUUCUGCUCAUCUGGAUUUUGGGCACCUUCAUUCUCCGAACCGUCUAUCAACAGAUAAUGUUCAACAACCUGUGCCGAUCGCAGAACCGCUCCUCCGCUCAAAACUGGCCCCAGUUCGUGGCCAGCAAUUAUCGCAUCUUCGCUCUAACGCGUGAACUCUACGUCUACCAGGGACUCCCGGAGUACGUCAAAAAGCAGAUAACCAUCAUCCCGGACAGCCAAGCUAACGACGCCCUGAGAGGUAUUCGCAGUGGUCAACUACGGGGAGCUCGCAUUAUCAUCCCCGAGGAAAUUCACUCUAAGAACCAGAGAGCGCUAGACGAGGGCCGGCAUGAGUUCUACCGGAUGUUCCGGGAGCCGCUCUACGGCUACUCGGUGGCUGUGUUCUUCAGGAAAAAUUCACCCCUGGUCGAACCCUUCAAUAUCCACAUCGGACAGCUGAUUACGCAUGGGUUCAUCGUGCGUUGGAAGGAUCAGACGCUCGAUCGCGACUUGGUGCAGAUGGUGCGGCAGUGGGAAUCUAGCGGUACGGCACGGGCCCUUUCGUUCGAAAUGUUGAACGGAAUUUUUGAGCUUUUUGCCAUAGGAAUGGCGUGUUCGUUGGUGGUUUUUGUCCUGGAGUUGGUGGUGUACCGAUUCCGAUCUUCUAAAGAACCUAAUAAGACAUUUAAUUCAGAAAAAGUUUCUCGUCGUCCUGAAAUUGAUUAA